AUGUCCGACGAAGUCAGCCACGAGAUGCAGCUUGAGUGGGCGGAGCUCGAGAAGGAGAUCGAUUGGACCUGGAUGAAGGAUGUGGACUGGGAGGCCUAUGAGGCUGAGUCUAGGACUAGACAAAACAAUCAUCCCCCGCAGUUCACUGGUCUCGGCGAAUGCGAUGGUAUGACCGCCUUAUUGCAGCAACACGUUGCGUCUUCCCAGCUUCGCUGUCCGUCCGAUGCGUUUGAGGACUCUGGAACACACAUCGAGACCAAUCGCGUAGAGACGGAACAUGAUGCCCUAGAGUCACGCUUUCUCAAUGGUUCUGAUGCUGGACCACAAUUGAAUUGCGUUGACGAUGACAACGUCGCUGCCCCGUCGACAACUCACCGUUGCACGAUCGAUGGAUGCAACUACAAAGGCUCCUUCGCCAGGGCGGCUGAAUUGAAACGACACAUCAAUACUAAGCACAACGGGGAAAAGUCGUUUGCUUGCACAGUCUCGGGUUGUUUUAAACGCCAACGUGCCCCGGCCUUUGUGAGAGGAGACAAACUCACCUCCCAUCUUCGAACCGUUCAUUCUCCAACCGAACCAGCAACAUGUCCCAUGCCCACUUGCAAUGUCCAACUUCCGUUGGUACUAUUGGGGAUCCACAUCGACGAAACGCAUCACGGCCAAGCCUUAUGGUGUCACCUAGAGCAAGACCCAUCUCUUCCUGCAAAGCUCAAGGCGUAUGUACACGCCUCGGACACAAUGUAUACAAGAUGUCCAUACUCGCGGUGCCGUCAGAACCUGAAGGUCGACCGGUUCAUUGACCACGUACUCUCUCACAAGUUUGAAGAGCAAGAGGAGAUGAAGAAUAUCCUCAAAGAGCUCAACUAUGCCCUCAUCCGAGUGCCAAAGGCUGGCUCCAUAAUGGAGGCCGCGGGACACCAAUCGAGGUCUGCAAAAUCCUUGGAUUACCACAGCGAGCUUCGAAUCAGUUGUCCGGUGUGCGAGCAUACAUGCGAUGAUCGUUUCACGUUCGCAGUACACCUCGCACGAGAUCAUAUGAUCCAAGACUCCGCCGAAGCUCGCGCCGAAUUUGACGCGGCAACUCGAGACCGGGAACUCGCUCACAUUCAUCAUGAAUUCAAUCGCUGGUCGGAUCCAGCAUCAUCAUUCCGCCAUUGGCUUUUGAGAUGCGCGGGUCGCCCGAAGUGCCACUCGUGCAACCACUGUUAUUUCCCCAGUUGUCAAUGCGAAACGAAACCGCCACUCCGCAGCGACGACGAUAUCAUCGAGAGCCUUCGCCCUCACAGAACACAGAUUCUUCACUUGUUGCCUCCUUUCAAACAACUGGCGCCCAUCUUCAAGGACAUCAUCUGA